AUGUCCAGAGUUCUCGAUGAUAUAAUAAUGGAAGAUGUUGCAAAGUCAUGUCCUGAGUCAUUUUUGGGUUUCAAUAAGUGCAUGCAAUCUCCGGAAGUCAGAGAUAAAAGAGACUGCAUCAAAUACCAGGUGGCAUUACAAAAAUGUGUGAGAGAAGACGUGAAGUCUUUCCAACGGAUCCAAAAGAAUUGUACUGAAAUGAUUAGCAAAUAUGAGCAUUGUCUUCAGAAUAAUAGCACAAAUUACAGUUCGAAAUGCUUUGAUGAGCUCAAACGGGUUCGAUUAUGCGCUGCGAAACAAGUUGGAGGUGAUGUGAAGCUGGAAGAAGAUAGAAAAAAUCAGUGA